AUGACUACUCCAACAUCCAUUUUGUCACCCUGUGAAUCGUGUUUGACACUUUCAGAUAAGCCCCAACAAUACAAUUCGCAAUAUCUUAUGAACUAUCUAUCUUUGAGAAUCCCUGAAGAAGAAACAGAAGUGUCAGAAAUCACAGUGGUUUACGAUGGUAAUACCAACAUCAACAUCAAAUUGUGCUCUAUUGUGUGCUUGGUUAAUAUCUAUUUACAUAAGAAAAUAACUAUCGAAGAUUUAACCAUGAAUCAUUUAUUUGUCUAUUUAUUCUACCACCAGCGUAAUUUAUUUAAUAAGGAGAUAUAUAUUGAUCAAUUGAAGCUAGUGCAUUUGGGGAAGAAAUACCAGUUUUCCACAAUACAUAGCGUAUCUUCGCCAAAACUAAUACUGGACUUGCAGAUUGAACGCUACCCUACAUUAUUAUUGAACAUCAAAGAAGACAACUACUUGCCAUUUAAUCUUGAUCUUGGAUACUAUUUGGUCAGCCAACAAACGUUUGUUGACAAAUCUACUGGUGAUAUCACUUGUCUCGACACUUUGGUAAGAACAUGGAAACGACUUCACAACCGUAAGAAAACAAGCAAUACAUCAAGUAUAUCGAAGAGAAGAGGGUUUAAGAAUUUUCUAAAGAGAAUAAUGGUUUGA